AUGCCCCUGGACCUUCCGGAGCUCGACGAGCUGGUACCGCUCCUGGACUGCCUACCGCCGCUGGCCGGUUACGACGCGUCUGUGGUGGCAGCAGACGGGGAAGGCGGCGGCGGCGCCUCCACAGGGGACCUGCUGGCGUCGGGCGCGGCGCCCUCGGCCGCUGCGGCCGCAGCCGCGGCGCAGCGGCGGCGGGCGCGGCACCAGCUGGCCGGCGGGCCAACGGUCGCGUAUCCGAAGCUGCAGCUGCUGCGCGCCUGCCUGCGGCUGCAGGGCGCGCUGCGGGCGCUCGCGGCCGCGGCCGCGGCGCAGGCCGCGGCGGCGGGCGAGCGGCACAAGCAGCAGCGGCGGCGGCUCGAGCGCGGCGCCGCGCCUGCCUCGUCGACGCUCGCGGGGCGUACCAAGCCGCGCGGACGCCCGUGA